CGGGUUCUCAUCUGGCGGAGCUACUGACUUGUGUCGUGGAAGAAUGGCAGCUGUCCGAUAAAUCUGUAGUGCUUGUGACUGACAAUGCGUCAAACAUGAUUGUUGCUGCUCAAGUUGGAAAAUUCCCUCAUAUAAAAUGCUUCGCCCAUACACUGAAUCUCGCAUCCCAGCGGGCGCUGAAAGUGGCCACACUCUCCAGGCUUUUAGGCAGAGUGCGACGAAUAUCAACAUUUUUUCACCGCAGCACUACAGCAAACCACUGUCUGAAAGAAAAACAGAAAUGUCUUGGCCUGAAGAAUCAUAAGCUGAUAACUGAUGUGACAACAAGGUGGAACAGCUCAUAUGACAUGGUCGAGAGGUUCUUAGAACAGCAACCUGCAAUCUAUGCCACAUUGCUGUCUCCAGAAGUCAGAAAAAGUGAGUCAGAUCUCUGCACUCUCAACGUAACAGAUGUGUCAAAUGCAGAGGAUGCUGUGAGUGCAUUAAAGCCAAUGAAAGAUGUAAUCACACUGAUGUCAGAAGAGUGCAAUCCAACAGUGUCUCUCAUUGCCCCUCUAAAUGCACAACUGCUCCAGAACAUGACAGACACCAUGGGAGACACACCCAUGAUCCAUGAGAUCAAGAAUGCCAUCAAAACAGAUCUCCUGAAGAGGUACAGCAGUGAGGCAGAGAAGAAGAUACUUUAUACAGCCUCUGCCCGGGAUCCUCGUUUUAAGGGACUGCCUUUUAUUCUCACAGAGGAGGAGAGAUUGGAGAUAUACAGAGGAGUGACUGAGGAGGCUGCAUCCUUGGAGAUUGAGUGUACUAGUACAGUUACAUCUAGGAGGACAAACGUGGAUGAAGUGCCACUGCCUGAGGGAAAAGAAACUCUGGAAGAAGAAUCACCCAUCGAGGAGGAUAACCCUUCUCCUCCCAAAAGAAAGUCCACAUCGCUGCUCAUGACUUUGCUGGGACAGUCUUUCACUGACACUGAAGGUACAAUAGAACCCAAGACCCCCUAUGCCAAGACUGAAGAGGAAAUAGAGAAAUAUUGUAAAGCCCCAUCUCUGCCUCUCACUGAAGACCCUUUGAACUGGUGGCAUGUACAUGAGGUCAUAUUUCCCCUCCUCUCUCAUUUGUCAAAGCGAUACUUGUGUAUCCCAGGUACAAGCGUGUCUGCAGAGCGGGUUUUCUCCACUGCAAGAGAUGUGGUAACGGCAAAAAGAAGCACCCUCAAACCAGAGCUUGUGGAUCAACUAGUGUUCUUACAGAAAAACCUACAUAUUCCAUAAUUCUGAGUAGUGAUUCAGGUUUAUAUUUAAUGUUUUUUGGCACAUCCAGAAGAAAGUGAUUUGUGCCCCACUGCCCAGUGCAGUAUUGUUAAGUUAUUUUAUAUUUGUUAAUGUUAUAGCUUAUAGCUUUUGAAAAAUGAAGCUUAAAACCUUGAGUAAAUCUUUGUUGGAUCACAAAUAUACUAGUACUACAUGACCACGUCACUCACUGUCACACACACACACAAACAAUACAACAGAAACAACACACAACUGCAACACCUCAUGUGUGCGUGCGUGUCACCCUUUCUUCACCAUGAUUCACUCUUUUUAUGAUGUGUGUUUUUUUUGGUAUUGUUUGACUGUGUGUGACUGUGUGUGUUGUGUAACAAUAUAUUUGUGAUCCCAUAAAGAUAAUCAUAGUUAGUUAAUCUAGUAGUUCAAUGCUACUUGUUGUAAUGUCUAUUACUACUUCUAGUUACUGUGUGAUGUUUGCCAGUCAGGAAGUGCUCUGUUUUGUAGAUGUUGUGCUAUUGUUUACAGCACACCUGACAGCUGUAUUGUUUACAAUGCAGUGACUGCAUAUUGCAUAAGGGAUUAUUCACACUAAAUAUUGUCUAUUUUAAAUAGACCCUUUAAGAAAUAUAUCAUAUGAUCCAAAAUGCCAUCCCACUCCCAGGCAGAUCUGUACUGUAGGGGUUAACCUAAUAACCAACCAGUUAACAAUAACCACCACCACCCGCCAGCUGCCAGUCAGACUCAGCGCCUCUACUAAGAAAUCCUAAACGUGUACUCCAGAGAGUUGUUUGUGUGUGUCACUGUCUAUGAGUGUGUGACUGAGUGAGUGCCAGUUUGAAUGUUGUUGUUUGUAUGUGUCUAUGGCCCCAAUUUAUCAAAGGUGUUGUGGACCUGAUCCGACACUGCGGAUCAGGUCCGCAAGACCUCGCUAAAUGAGGAGAGCAAUACGCUCUCCGCAUUUAACAUUGCACCAGCAGCUCACAAUCGGCUGCCAGCAGGGAGGUGUCAAUCAACCCGAUCGUAUUCGAUCUGGUUGAUUUCCGGCGAUUACUGUCCGCCUGCUCAGAGCAGGCGGACAGGGUUAUGGAGCAGCGAUCUUUAGACCGCUGCUUCAUAAGUUGUGUUUCUGGCGAAUCUGAAGACUCGCCAGAAACAUGGCCCUUCAAGCUCCAUACGGAGCUUGAUAAAUGGGCCUGUAUGAGUGUGUGUGAGACUGAGUGCCUUUGAAUGUUUUUGUUUGUAUGUGACUGUCUAUGAGUGUGUGUGGUGACUGGGUGCCUUUGAAUGUUUUUGUUUGUGUGUGUCUAACCGUCUUUGAGUGUGCAGAGAGUGAGACCACUGAAGCCAAAACACUAUUAUUAGGGGAAGGAAAAGCCUUGACAGAAUAAAUCGUAAAUUGAAGCUUAAAACCUUGAGUAAAUCUUUAUUGGAUCACAAAUAUACUGUAACAGACAGUACACAGCACACACACACACACAACACAAUACAAAAAUAAAGCACACACACCUCAUGUGUGCGUGGCAUGCCACCCUUUCUUCAUCAUGAUUUACUCCUUGAUGUCUGUGGGGUUUAUGUAUUGUUUGUUUGUGUGUGACUGUGUGUGCAUAGUUGCCAACAUUUCAAAAAAAUUUCCAGGGACACUUUGCAGCAGAGCAAGCAUGCAGGUUACUGGAGUAUUGACGACCUACUGUUCAACUGCUCUGUCCACUCAGUUCUGCAAUCAAAACACACCCAGUAAUAGUAUAAUUUAGACUUAUCCAUAGCUUAUUAUACAGAUUACAGCACCAAGCUCUUGCACCUACCCAGUCUCUGGAACACAUUCUGGGCAUAUGGUUAUUUUUAUAACACAGCAUCAAAAUUAGGCAGACAAAUAAUAUGUGAACCCUUUCAAUAAUAAUAACAACACUAUUGCAUUAGGAUUUAGGAAUUGAAUUAUAUUUAAAUAAACUACAUCUAUCUAUCUAUGUAUAUGUGUGUGUGUAUAUAUAUAUAUAUAUAUAUAUAUAUACUGUGUAUAUAUACAUACAGUAUAUAUAUAUAUAUAUAUAUAUAUAUAUAUAUAUAUAUAUAUAUACAUACAUACACCAAAUGUUGGGCAAAAGAGGUAGCAUUUCCAGGGACAUUUCCAGGGACAAAAAAAAUCCAGGGACAUACAGCAAAAUCCAGGGACUGUCCCAGGAAAUCAGGGACUGUUGGCAACUAUGUGUGUGUUCUGUUCAGUUGUGUGUAGUACUGCUUUAACACUAAGUAACUAUUUGUGAUCCCAUAAAGAUAUUAUAAUCAAGAAACUAGUAGUUAGUUAUAGUAGUUAAGUUCAAUGCUACUUGUUUUAAAUGUCCUAGUACUACUGUAACUGUGUAAACUAAUUGUAUAUGUGACGUGUGUGUGAUGUGCAUGCACACAGUGCUGUGUGUUGUGUUCCAGAUUCAUUCACGUGAUGUUUGUUUGCCACAAAUUGCCAGUCAUGAAGGCACACCUGUAAUUUUGUACCGCAUAUAAGGGAUUUAUGUUUUGUUUUCUGAGGAUGACCAUUUUCACACAAAUAAGGUAUUGGUAAUGGUGGUAACUUUAGCUUAACCUAUCUAUUUUGGUUUUAAUUUAAUGUCUAUUAUUAUUACUAAGUAAAGAAAGACAUUAAAUUAAAACCAACAUAGAAGGUUAGACAUGUAUUUAUGUUCAUGUUUGUUUAUUUAGUGUAAAUGUAUAUAUAGUAUAUACAUUUAAAUAUGUUCUUUUAUUGAAGAAGUACACUGUGAGCACUGCACUUUUUACACCACUACAGUUUGAUGCCAUAAUAUUGUUGCCAAACCAAUUACAACAUUAACUGUUCUAUAAAACUGUUGUUGUCUGCUGUGUUCAGACUUUGCCACAGGAAGAGUGUCCUUUUUUGAGCAAAUAAAAUAAAAAAAGAGUUUA